GACAGACACUCUGAUGCCUUGGCAGGAACUGGCAGACCACACGCUUCAUGGAGGUGGAGGUGGCAGUGAGGUUGCUGUACAUGCUGGCGGAAGCUCUCCCCGUGUCCCACGGUGCGCACUUCUCAGGUGACGUUUCAAAAGCUAGUGCUUUGCAGGACAUGAUGCGAACGUUGGUAACGUCAGGAGUCAGUUCCUACCAGCACACGUCUGUGACCCUGGAGUUCUUUGAAACUGUUGUUCGAUAUGAGAAGUUCUUCACAGUUGAACCUCAGCACAUUCCAAGUGUACUAAUGGCUUUCCUAGAUCACAGGGGCCUGUGGCAUUCCAGCCCUAAAGUCCGAAGCAGAACCGCUUACCUGUUCUCCAGAUUUGUCAAAUCUCUCAAUAAACAGAUGAAUCCUUUCAUUGAGGAGAUUUUGAAUAGAAUCCAAGACUUGUUGGCCCUUUCUCCCCCGGAGAACGGUUACCAGUCCUUGCUGAGCAGCGACGACCAGCUCUUCAUCUAUGAAACAGCUGGCGCCCUGAUCGUCAACAGCGACUACCCCGCAGAGCACAAGCAGGCCUUAAUGAAGGACCUCCUGACGCCACUGAUGGAGAGGUUCAAGGUUCUGUUGGAGAAGCUGAUGAUGGCUGAGGAUGAGGAAAGGCAGGCCUCUCUGGCCGAUAGUCUCAACCAUGCGGUUGGAUUUGCCAGGUGAGCCCCGUUGCAGUUAAAUUAAAAUGUGCGUCUACGU